UAUCGCCUACCUUAUAGAGCUAAAGGAUAUACGGCAUCAUCAUCAAAAUAACAACAAGUGUAGCUUGCGGCAGAGCUGGUUCAGUAUUUUGUUUUUGUUUUCUCACGAGACAUGUAAACGUUUUUAAUCCGUUGGCUUAGAAAGUUGCUAAAAUGAUCUUUUUGUACGAGUUGGACGCUGCUGUGCCUCAAUACCGAUUAUAUCUGAUAGAUGAAUAGGAUUUGAAUAGUAGUUACAAACUAGAAAGGCACAGAAUAUUUUUCCGACAGAAAUUUGUUUGCGUCCCUGACCUGUAUGUGGAAACCAAGCUCCCAGUUUCUCUUUGUUCUCCGAUAAUAAAAAAGGGUGGGACUUUUUCUGUACUUGAAUUUUGAAUAUGGGUUUUGAAUUCCAAGCGAUGCAAGAGUGAAAAGGUAAUCCAAAUCGGGGUUUAACACCGAAACUGAAUUUAUGCUAAGGGCCGGUUUAGGAUCAAAGUAGCCCAGGCGAAAUUUUCGAUGCUCUAGUUAAACAAAAACUGGCUUUAAAAAGUGCUCUAUUUGGCCAUGUUUUUUUUUCUUUCUAUUUUCUAUUCUGUUCUUUUCUGUACUUAAUAUUCAUGUAUUUUGAAUUUUGGUUCUAUUUCAUUAAAAGAAAACGUUCGUUUGUAUAAUGGAGUUUAUCUCAAACAUCCCCGUUAUGGAAGGGCGACAAACCGCUGUGACAUAGGUAUGCCUAACAAGAACUAUAUAAUUAUUUGGUGAGUACAUGCAUCCGGAGCGAUACCACUUAAUUCCGGUGUGGUACACGUACGAAAUCCGGUACGGUUUGUUCGAGGUCAACACUCCCCAACACCGGCAAAAUACGAGAACGAGGAAAUCUCAUAUCUACGUCGGAAAUGACGAAAAACAAAAAUUAAAUCACGUCCUCAGUUUAACGAAGUAAACUGCUGACUGAGGUUGUACGUGAAAUGGCUUCCUACAUCCAAGCCGUCGUAACUGAAAGCAGAAGACUAUGGGAAUCUAGAGACAAGCGACUUGACGGUUUACCGUUAAUGAGCUCUCCCGUGCCGUCCAUCGUGAUCUGCUUAGGUUACGUCUACGUCGUAAAAGUGUGUGGUCCAAAGUUCAUGAAAAACAGGUCAGCCUUCAAACUACGAGGAAUACUGAUGGCUUACAACCUCUUUCAAAUUAUUUAUAACGGCUGGUUAUUUUACGAACUCGGUCGUUUCGGCUGGCUCAGUGGAAAUUAUAGUUUUAUUUGCCAACCAGUCGAUUAUUCAAACAGUGAGGCAGCAAUGCGAAUCGUCAGAGCAGGCUAUUGCUUUUACAUUUCCAAGUUCAUCGAUUUAUUGGACACAUUGUUCUUUGUGCUUCGCAAGAAAAACAAUCAAAUCACCAUGCUUCACGUUAUCCACCACGGGAUACUUCCGAUGACAUUAUGGCCGGGUGUCCGCUUCGUUUGCGGAGGACACGCAUCCUUUUUCGCAUUUCUCAACACGUUGGUGCACGUCGUGAUGUACUUCUACUAUUUUAUGGCGGCAAUGGGACCGAGCUAUCAAAAGUAUCUCGGUUGGAAGAAACAUUUGACUAGCUUUCAAAUGAUUCAAUUCAUCAUGGCUUCGUUCCACUGCUUCCAGCUGAUGUUCAUCGACUGCGAUUUCCCUAUCGCUUUUUGCUGGUGGAUUGGCGGUCAUGAACUGAUUUUUCUUGGUUUGUUUAUCAACUUUUACAGGAAUGCCUAUUAUAAGGAGAAAGAACCAAUAUCGCCAUCCUCUAACAAAAAUCGAAUUGCUAACAAAGAUCUCUAAAUUUCAGAAAUACACUAUUUUGUUGAAAUUCGAUUAAAGUCGAAAGAAAUGUAAA